AUUCACCAAGACUUCAUGAAGGAAUUCAUCUCUCUUGAAUGUUCAAGAAUAGUGACGGACGUUAUAAGAGAAGUACAAGAGGAACUUCUUAAAAUAGCGAGAGAAAAAGCGGCUAAAGAGAUCUGCCUUGCACUGAUCGAAAAAGGAGUAUUGCAUGAAUUGCGGGAACUUGCAGGGGACGCUUUGGAAGAAGAAAAGGCAGAAAGAGAUGCUAAGCUUCAACAACUAGCUUCCCUUGUCGUCAGGAAGAGAACAUCGCGAUAUUUUAAGAGGUGGUUGAAAUCGUACCGGACCUGUGUGCACCUCAAGGACCUUCUGAGCGCUUUUCCACCAGGGGCUCCCAUGCUGAGUACAGAGGAACAGCUUCAGAACCUUGUGGGAAGCAGAACACAUAGCGUCACUAUGGCCUCUAUACGAACUGAUGUCCAAGGACGGGAAAUUCACGAUGCACUCAAGAAAAGAGAGUUGGACGUCGAGCAUAACAGAAAACAAGUAUGUAGACCGCUGGACGUACCUUCACUGCUCGCAGACUCGAUGAGAUCUCAGCCAGUUACUGGCAAUUUAGAUCCUAGCUCCCCAGUGUACUGGAAACUGGUUAUUUCGUUGCCAGAAGACUGCAAAGAAAAUGGAUUUACCGGCAGUGACAACAGUGGGCGAGAUAUCAGUUUUGUCAUCAAGGAAAAAUUCAAAAGAGGAGUGUGUCCGCCUCAAGAUCAUAUUCCACAGGGACUCAAGAAAAAGGUUGAAUUGUUGUCGCUCUACAGAGCAGAGAUCCGAAACUUUCCUACACGGAAUAAAGUAAUGAAAGUCUGCACUAAGGCAUGUUACGGCGUACUGACAAACACAGAAGUAAGAGAAGUCCUGGACAGGCGGCAGUUCCACGGUGCUUGUGCUGUCAUUUUUGUUGUCGACUGGAAAGAACUUCAGCUCAAUCGACAGGUAUAUUAGUACCCUUCUCAGACCUUAUUUGAGCGUCACGUAAUGCACAGAGUAAACGUUGUGCGUCACGUAAUGCACAGAAUAAACAUUGUGCGUCACGUAAUGCACAGAGUAAACGUUGCGCGUCACGUAAUGUACAGAGCAAACGUUGUGCGUCACGUAAUGCACAGAGCUAACGUUGCGUGGCCUUUAAAAUAACGACACUGAGAAAAUGAGUUUCUUUGGUUGCGUUACUCAGAUCAUGGUGUAUCAAAGGAACCGAUAAAUCCUGGGUCUCCUUAUGUGCCUCACACUCGCUAUUC